AUGUAUAACAUGGACUGGACUUGGUGGCUCGAAGAUGCAUACUUUCUGUACCCACCUGGAGAUCCCGAGUGCUUGAAGUAUCACUACAUCACAAAAACCGCUGAAGACGAGCCUAAGCUCACAAUAGAGCAAGAAACUGAAUUGAUGAACGAACAAAUCGAGGAGAGCGAGGGGUUCGAUAUUGAUUUCUCCAUGUUCCGCUCUCUAUUCAACUACCAUCUUGUUGAUCCGGACGAUCAUGAUUUCCUUGAUGAGCCAGAAACCGAUGGGGAUUUGAUGAAGAAGCUUUCUCAAGAAUCCAUUAAGCGCUACAAUGAAGAAUCGGAGACGAGAUUUGAAUUUGUGGAGGUUGUCAAAGCCAAUUAUCAUUGUGCUGCUGGGUAUAUAAUUCUCGUCACGUUUGAUGUGUUGGAUCCGUCCGAUAACAAGAAGAAAACCUUCCAAGCUAGGAUCUAUUACUCUUCACAUUACCCGACUGAAUACGUCUUUGUUAGGCUGAAACCUAAUAAAGAAGGUCAUUGUGAUGGAAUCUCGGAGGAAGAUGUGAGUAAAGGUAUAUCAAAUGUGCAUCUCUAA